AUGUCAACAAUCGGCACAACAACAGUUCAAACAACAACAGCACCUAACUCGUUAGUCAUGAAUCCUACGUCAAUGUUAGUAGAGAUGAAAAGCUUCAUUCCUUCUUCAUAUACUUUCGAAACAGAAAUCCAGAAGAUAAAGCAAGAACUUUUAACAUGUAAUUUAGACUGUAGUGCGAAAGAUGAAACAAAUGAAGAAUAUCUUUAUGAAAUGCAGGACAUUAUUGACCAUUUACCCAAAUUGCCUGAAAUCCAACAACAAAAACUCACUAUUCCUGAAUUUGACGAAAUUGAAGUCAAAGCAACUGACUCAGUAGAAAUAAAGAAGUUCAUACGAAAGGUAAACUAUGAAUUCCUUGGUUUUCAUUGCAACCAUAAGGUUAUGGACAAAGAUUGCGACAUGGUAUAUAAGAAUGUUUCUGACAUAUAUAAAUCUGAAGAAUUUAAGACCUACGACAACUUUGUUUCGUUAGUUGCUGAAUGUGUAUGGCAGAUAAGAGAUAAAGAUAGAAGAGGUAAGGUAUGGAACAAA